AUGACAGACGAGCCGCAACAAGGCUACGCCCAGGAAUCAGCACCACUCCAGUCUCAGCGAUCCGCUGUAUCAACAACAACACUAUCGAUAUCAGAGGAUGAUGUUGAGGAAGCCACAUAUAUCCAGACCCCACAGCGUGUGUCAAUACCUGAGGGAACACCCGCGACACCUCUGCUGCAGGCCGACAAGGUCACAGCAACACCGGAAAGAUGGCCAACUUCUCAGCAGAAAGUUCUAAAAUCCAAGUUUGAGAUAUCAUGGGAUGGCUUCUUCGAUUUUGCCCUAUUCAUAAGUGCAGUCGCUUUCCUGGCUUUCGCAGCUUUUAACGACACACGCCAUUCUUCGUUGGUGAUUCGAACGCGGCGAACGUAUUGUGGUUCUGGAUACACUAGCAGCAAGCACAUCAUUAAUAAUUUUGGGCUCGCCCUAGUGGCCGUGUGGGCACUGUCAUCCACUGGAGGCCAAGCAUCACUACGGCAGAUGGCUAUUGGAACUAAGAACGAGACCUCCGAUAUUGAAUUUGGUUACAUGAACUAUCAUGGAUACACGAACGAAUUUCAAACGAAGGCAAACGUCUUUACUUGGGGAGUUACCAACAGCAUGUUUGUCAGUGCAAUGAUUGGAUCAGUUGCUCCAAAGUCGUCUCAGGUUGAUAUCGAAGGUUGGUUUGCUACCACUGGUGGAGGCUCUGAUUCGUACGAAAGAUAUACCUCUAUGGUUGGUAUCCCAGUGCGCAUCGGCGCUCGCAUAGGGAGGGACGUGUCGAAGCCAACCGACUACAUAACGCGAAUACAGACCCCGUAUUUCAACAUGAAGUGCGAGGUCUCGAAGUCCGGAAAAUACCUAUGGCCGACGGUACCUCAGGGUAUGGUGAACUUCACCGGCCCAGGAGCGGUUGCCAUGUUCGAGAACAUAACACAGCUUCGCCGAUCCCGCGUUGAUCCAAAAACCCUGGCUCACUUCCAAUUCCAGUACUUGACCAGAGACUGGAAGAUGAACAACCAUCGUCUGGAAUGUAAUGUCUCGAAUAGCUAUGUUGAGACAGAAGCCGUCUGUCAAUACAGUACAUCGUGCGUCCCCACGAAUGUUCGUCGAUAUCAACUGGACCUUCUGCCUCAGAACUUGACCAUGAUGGAACUCAGUUGGAGGACUCCUCGCGUUCUAUUUGAGCAAAUGCUCGAAAGUGUCACCGCUAAAAGCGGAUGGCCGUCAAUCUUGGACCGAUACUUGGACAAUCCAAGGUCACAUCUCGAGGAAGCUGCGGAUCCCGCUGUAGCUGAGCUGAACACGAGCGAUAAUUACUCUGUUCGUAUGGCACAUCUGAUGAACUCCUAUUUCACCAUCCUGAACGGCCUGUACGCAAUCACUGCGGGUCUGACCGCUCACAAACAGCCAAUCAUGACGGAUCUGUGGAACGCGACUUUCAUCCCAUCUUUGAACUCGGCGGGACCAAACAUGGAGUUGCAGAAUACUAAUGACUUCUUCAUCGACGAUAGAGCUUGGUUCCAGCGGAGAAGGCCUUCGCUCCGUGGCAUCUUCUGGCCAGCCAGAGGCACAGAGAGAAACUCGACGGAAGUGGUCGUAGCUCACAAGCCGUGGGUUGUCACGCUAUGUAUUGCCUCUAUCGCCUUGAUUUUCUCGAGUUUGCUGUCUCCACUGAUUCAUUACAUAGUCAUUGAGGGCCCCGAGAUCAUGAUGAACAUCUCCAGUCUUGCAACCCGGAAUAACUCGUACAUACAACUGCCAGAAGGUGGUACACACCUGAAUGUGGCUACUAGCGCACGACUGCUAAAGGAUGUUGAGGUGCCUAGGAUUACGGUGCAACCAGCUUCUGGUCUUACAGCACUGCCUCGUACUGCUCGCUCUACGUUCGAAUCAGAUUUUGCGAGCCCAGCCAUAGCAUCACGGCGGUGUCAGCGCAAUGUCUUGCGCCUGCUCAACAUGCCAGCUUCUGCAGCAGACGCGAUGAUCUUUGACAGUGGUUGA